CAGGAUGAAGAGGUCCAGCUCCAUUAACGCUCCCUUCUCUCUUUAAGGACCGUGGUUCACCCAGGAUGAAGAGGUCCAGCUCCAUUAACACUCCCUUCUCUCUUUAAGGACCGUGGUUCACCCAGGAUGAAGAGGUCCAGCUCCAUUAACGCUCCCUUCUCUCUUUAAGGACCGUGGUUCACCCAGGAUGAAGGAAACUAACAAGCCAACUGGCCCCGGAUGAAGGCGGCGUUGGAGAGCUCAGCAUGCGUGCUCACCUGGUUUGGUGUCCAGCAUCUUCAGUUUGGAGACUUUCUUCACCUUCAGCUGCUUGGGGGCGUGUCCUGACAGGAAGGAGGCACACCAGGGAUCGGACGGGAUGGGUUUGCUCAGCGAAGAAGACAUGGAGGCUAAGACUCACCAGUCAUGUUUGUCUCCCCCAGUCGCAGGACGUGUGGCCAGCUGUGGAAGGUCUUGAUGAAGAAGGGGUUGGUCACGCCCAGGAUCACGUUGGGCCUGACGGACACAACAGCCGGCGUGAAGGAAGCUCAACUGGGGCGAGGAGGAGGAGGAGGAGGAAGAAUUCGAGGAACUCACGGCGCUUGCGUCCGGGUGGUGAAUUCUCGAAACUCGCUGUCGUGGAUGGUGAAAUACGGCCGGAAAUCACAGCAGAACUUGAGAGGACUGAUGGAGCUGAGGACACGGACACGGCUGACCAUCGUCUGAUUGGCUGGUGGCGGCGGGGUGUGUUCAGAUACCUGACGAGCGCCAAGACGGUUUCUGAGGAGUCGGUGGGAGAUGGCGCCAUGACGACCAUGGGCUCGCCGAGCAGGGUGAGCUCCCAGAGCGUCUGCAGAUGGAUCAGGACCGACUGGAAGCACCUGGAUAGGUUAAAGGUCACCGGGUGAUCACGCGUGGACACGUCAAAGACAACACCGGGCACGGAACUGACCUGAAGAGGUCCACCUCGUGUACAGAAGGCAGCAGAGUCGGUGUGGGUAGGACAUUCUGAGGGUUAGAACGUUAGCAUCAACACCAUCAUCAUCAUCAUCAUCAUCUUAAUGCACUGCAGGCAGGAGAGCACAGCUUAGCAUCUAAGGAGGUGCUAUUUUCAUCAUGUCAGCCUCCUGAGCAGCACGGCGCCUAAGUGGAGUAAAUGCAAAAGAUAAGUGAAGACGACGACUGGCUGACCUCCUUGGCCACAGAUCUCACUGGACUUCCCGCUUUGUCCUUCUGACACGGAACUCUGACCUGAAGAACAGAACAACCACGUCACUGGGGGGAACUGGGCCGAAACACGACAACACACACUCACCUGUAAGACCACGCCCAUCAGGGGGAGGUGAAAGGUCAGUCCAGCGGAGAGGAAAGGCCAUUGGUCGAUCUCGUUACACACUGCACGGAAGACAUCAGCUGCAGUCAGGCAUCAGGCUAGCCACGCCGCCAUCUCUCAGCACACGUCUGACGUCAUGACCUGUUUCCAGACACGGCUCCGACUUGUCAAAGAACUCGGGUGCGAUGAUGUGCAGCAUGGAGUAGAAAAGCUGAACGAAGGGCAGCCUGGACACCAGCACCAGCGACUGGAACACACCGAAGGAUAGCAUACCGUAGCGCCUCAUUUCACACGCUAGCAUAUUUAACAGCACCUUCUGGAAGUAGCCUCGCUUGACGGACGCAUCCUUGACUUGUCGAAAAUACACGUAACCAUAAAAAUGGGAGCUUUCACUCUGAGGAGACAUGAAAACACACGCAGACUUCAAAGUGCUCUUUCCUUUCCGCUGCUCUGAUUGGCUACCUGGAGGUGGGCGGGGGCGUCUCUGUUAUAUAGGACAUCUCGGAGACGGGAAUGUCUGCGACCGACCGACUGGCGCAUCCUGAAGCUGAACUGCGUGUCCCCGAUGCAUCCUGGAAAGACUUGGACGUAAAUGACAAAGGAAGGUGGCCACAGGACCUCUGAGACCUGAAGACAUUUACCUGAGUACGAGUCAGGAAAGGAAAGGUAGCAAAGGCUGCUUUUCUGUGGACAAAAUGGCAGGGAAAGCCGUGCUGACUAAUAACUAGUAAUGUGAUAAGGAUCAUGACUUUCAGUUACCUCCUUCUCGGUCAGCUUCACGUGAUGAGGGUAAACCAGCUGACAAAAUAGAUGAUAUUAUUAUUAUUAACAUACUAUUGACAUAUAUAGAUGUCCAUCGGUUGCCUGCUGCAAUCACCGAGUCAACAUCACUCACGUCAUUUUCGCGUGUACCAUUAUAUACCAUUAUACGUCACUUUAGCAUCUAAGCACCAACAUCCUGUGUGAUGCCAAUGCUAACAUUGCCGAGCUAACAACAGCGACGCCAAGCUAACAACAGCGACGCCAAGCUAACAACGCACACCUCGAUGGCUUGUCCGAGCUCCAGGUCGAAGGUCACCACGCACAGGCACUCUAGCCACGACGAGAAGCGGGCCCAAGAACGGCGACCCUCCGCCUCGUCCCGCUCUGACGAACCCGAGCCAUCAAACGUAUUCAUGACGCCCCAGUCAGGCCUCCACCGUUCCCUCCACCGCAGUCUGAAGGCUGCUGAUUAUGGCGCCUCCUAGUGAUCGCCGCACGCAACACACACGGGGUCGGGUGGUGGUGAUAUGGCUGCGUCCCAACAGCGGUCGAAGUCGGCCUCGCUGACUUCCCGUGGGACUCGCCCUGGGCGGAAUCUCCACCUAUUUUUUUUUACUUCUUGUUAAAUUUGAGAAGAUUUUAUAGCGUGUUGUGGGUGAUGUAAGACGCUAGACAACGAUAUGGAAAGUGAAAAUAACUUUAAUAACUAAUUGAUCAUAUUAAUAGUAACCUGCACUCACAGACUACAUCAUCAUCAUCAUCAUCAUGUCAUUCUGAAAGCCAUGAACUUAUCAUCAUGGACACAACGCUUUCAUCAUCCUCUUCAUGAUGGAGCUUUUAUAUUGAAAAGGUGGCUGGCGGAUGUGAGUGAAGCUUAUUCCGGUGUAUAAGUACCGCCGGCUUGCUUGCGGUGCGUUCAAUCUCCGUGUGGAAGCCGGUCAAACCAGCAUCAUGUCAGCAGACCCGACCUCCUUCGCGUCCGCCGCCAAGUGCGUCAGCAAACAUCUCAACUUAAAUCUCCACGUGGACUUCGAGAACCACGUGAUCCGAGGCAGCGUGGAGAUCACCGUGGAGGUUCUGGAGGACCGGUUCUCCACACUGACGUUGGACACCAGAGACCUGAAGGUGGUGUCGGUGAGCGCUAACGGGCAGGCGGCCUGCUUUACCAUGGGCCCCAAACACGCCUUCAAGGGCACGCCCCUGGACAUCACGCUGCCCUUUGACCUCUCAAGAGGGCAGCAUGUGAUUGUGAGCGUGGCCUACGAGACGUCCCCCGGUGCGCCCGCCCUACAGUGGCUCUCACCUGAGCAGACGGCGGGCAAGAAGCAUCCAUACCUGUUUAGUCAGUGCCAGGCCCAUCACUGCAGGAGUAUGAUGCCUUGCCAGGACAGCCCGUCCAUCAAACACACCUACCAUGCUCAGGUGUCUGUCCCGAAAGAGCUGGUGGCGGCAAUGAGUGCCCUGAGGGACGGACAGGAAGUGGACCCUCAGGACAGCCAUCGUACCAUUUACCGCUUUCGACAGCCGGUGCCCAUGCCGUCUUACCUGAUGGCCCUGGUGGUUGGAUGCCUGGAGAGCAGGAAGAUUGGACCCAGGACCGCCGUCUGGUCUGAGAAGGAGUUUGUGGACCGAGCGGCACACGAAUUCUCUGAGACAGAGAAGAUGUUGCAGACGGCAGAAGAUCUGGUAGGACCGUACGUUUGGGGACAGUAUGACAUUUUGGUCCUGCCGCCAUCUUUUCCGUAUGGCGGGAUGGAAAAUCCCUGUCUGACCUUUGCCACGCCCACACUACUGGCAGGAGACAAGUCCUUGUCCAACGUGAUCGCUCAUGAGAUCUCCCACAGUUGGACGGGAAACCUGGUGACCAACAAGACCUGGGAGCAUUUUUGGCUUAACGAGGGUCACACGGUCUACCUGGAGAGGAUGAUCGGCAGACGUCUGGAGGGGGAAGCGUUCCGCCAGUUCAAGGCCUUGGGGGGCUGGAAGGACCUCCAGGACUCGGUCAGCACGUUUGGAGCCGAGAACCCUCUGACCAACCUGGUCCCGACUCUGCAGGACGUGGACCCGGAUGAGGCCUUCUCCUCCGUCCCCUACGAGAAGGGCUUUGCUCUUCUCUAUCACCUGGAGGAGCUGCUGGGCGGUCCGGAGGUCUUCAUGGGCUUCGUCAAGUCCUACAUCCAGCUCUUUGCCUACAGCAGCGUCACCACGGACCAGUGGAAGGACUUCCUGUUCUCCUACUUUCAAGACAAGGUGGACGUCCUGAACAAGGUGGACUGGAACGCGUGGAUGUUUACUCCCGGGAUGCCUCCGGUCAAACCCAAAUACGACACCUCCCUGGCCGACGCCUGCCUGGCUCUCUCGCUCAGAUGGAUCCGCGCCAAAGAGGAGGAUCUGGGCUCCUUCUCAGAGUCGGACAUCAAGAUGUUCUCCUCACAUCAACUCAUCCACUUCCUGUCUCUGCUCCUCCAGGAGGAGGUGUUUCCCGCCAGUCACGUGAAGAAGAUGCAGGAGGUUUAUGAUUUCAACUCGUGCAUGAAUUCAGAGAUCCGCUUCAGGUGGCUGCGACUGUGCGUGCGCUCGCGCUGGGAGGAGGCGGUUCCCUUGGCGCUGAAGAUGGCGAGCGAGCAGGGACGAAUGAAGUUCACGCGACCGCUCUUCAGGGAGGUCUUCAACUUCGCCAAGUACCGAGAGGAAGCGGUGCGAGUCUUCCUGGCUCAUCGGGUGACCAUGCACCCGGUGACCUCUGGACUGGUGUCCAAGGACAUGAAGGUGUCCGUGGACCAGUAGGACCAAUCACAGCACAGAAGCAGUCUUCAGCAAAUAAAGGCUUUCAUUGGAAACAUCA